AUGAAUGGGAGAAAAGGAGUUUUUCUCCUUUGCACCAAAGCUUGCAUGUACACCCUGCUAUUCUGGAUUAUGAACUGCUCCAAUACUUGCCAAUAUGGUAAUUCGUACAGUGUGAUGAACAAUAGCCUUGGCACAGCCAUGAAUUCAAGAGGUAUGAGAGCAUUAGCAGAAGCUGUAGAAGAGGAUGAAACUGUGGAACAAGAUGAAACUUUAGAACAAUUUGAACAAGAAACUAUAGGAGAAGAUGAAACUUUAGAACAAGUUGAACAAGAAACUAUAGGAGAAGAUGAGGCUGCAGAACAAGUAACUUCAGAAGAAGAUGAGGCUGCAGAACAAGUAACUUCAGAAGAAGAUGAGGCUGCAGAACAAGUAACUUCAGAAGAAGAGGAAGUCGUAGAACAAGUUCCACAACAAGCUCCACCACAAGCGUCACAAACGGCAAAUGUUGAAGGUGAUAAUAUGUCCAUACCUGAAUCAUUUCAAAAUUUAAGUCAACAACAGCAGGUACUGGAGCACUAUAAAAAAAUAAGGGGAGAUUUUUACAGAAAUUUUAAACCAACAAUAUCAGGAGAUAUUGAAGAUUUAAAAAAAACCGUGAGAUUAUUGCGCACACGAGAACUUGCGUUACAGGGAGACGAAGAAGCUCUGCAUUCAUAUCCACCAGGAUACUUUGACCCACAUAUAGCAUUACAAAAAGCGCUACAAGCAAGCAUGAUAAAACAACAUCAAUACAGACAAAUGUUAGCAAACUAUUUUGCCGAUGUGCCUUUAAUAGAUGAUUUCGAAACUAAUAGAGACCCAAAUGCACCAUACUAUGAAAGAAGAUACGGACGCUUAAGUCUAAAACCUGGACCAACGGGAAAGAUCUGUUCAAUAAAACAAGAAGAAGUGAGAGGAAAGAAAGACAUAGGAAAAGGAAAAGACAAGAAAAAGAAAAAGAGAAGAAGAUUCUGGUGUUGUGCUUAA